AUGAUUUGUUUGUGUUAUUCAGAGUUUAUUUUUAGUUCCAAUAAGCUUAGUGGUAACUUUCCAAUUUCCCUUCUAAAUUUGACAGAGUUGUCGUAUUUAUCACUCACUUCCAAUCAACUCACAGGAACGCUUCCCUCAAACAUUAGCUCACUCUCCAACUUGCGAGAUUUUUGGGCAUAUGACAACGAUUUCGUUGGAACCAUUCCUUCUUCUCUCUUCACCAUUCCUUCUUUGAAAGAUAUCAGUUUGUCAAAUAACCAACUCGACAGCCUUCUUGAGUUUGGGAAUAUAUCGAAGCUAGAGUGGUUAUAUGUUGACGGUAACAACUUGAGAGGGCCAAUUCCGAGAUCUGUUUCCAAAUUAGUCAACCUCAGGGGACUUGACCUUUCCAACUGGAACACUCAAGGCCCCUUUGACUUGAGUAUCUUCUCGCAUCUCAAGUCGCUCCGAGAUCUUACCUUAUCCCAUUUGAACACCACCACUACGAUUGACUUGAAUUCCAUCUUAUCAUGUUCUCAGAGGCUGGAAACAUUGGAUCUCUCAGGGAGCCAUGUUUCAGCCAAAACCAAGAGCUCAGUUUCAGAUCCUCCUUCGCAAAUGAUAAGUAAGUUAACCUUGUCAGGCUGCGGUGUUACCGAAUUUCCAAAGAUCAUAAGAACCCUGCAUUCAAUGAUUUAUCUAGACAUUUCCAACAACAACAUCAAAGGUCAAGUGCCUGGCUGGUUAUGGACACUACCAAAUCUGACAUACGUGAAUCUUUCCAACAACACUUUCAUCAGUUUCGAAAUACCAACGAAACAAGGACUAUCCUCUGCCAUGCGGUUCUUGUUUGGCUCCAAAAACAAUUUCACUGGAAAGAUUCCCUCCUUCAUAUGCGCGUUGGGCUCUCUAAUCAUUCUCGAUUUAUCUGAAAACAACUUCAAUGGUUCAAUCCCUCUUUGUAUGGAGAAUCUCAAGAGUAAUCUUUGGGUUCUAAACCUCCGUCAUAAUCGUCUUAGUGGAGGCCUUCCCGAGAAUGUAUUUGAACGUCUACGGUCGCUUGACGUUGGUUAUAACCAACUGGUGGGAAAGCUUCCAAGAUCUUUGAUCCAUUUCUCUGCCCUUGAAGUUCUAAAUCUGGAAAGCAACAGAUUCAACGACACAUUUCCGUUCUGGUUGAGUUCUCUACCAAAGCUGCAAGUUCUUGUCUUACGCUCCAAUGCAUUCCAUGGAUCGAUACAUCGAGCCUCCUUCCUUCAGUUAAAAAUCAUGGAUAUCUCGCAUAAUCACUUCAACGGAGUUUUACCAUCGGAUUACUUUGUGAACUGGAGUAAAAUGUCAUCACUUGGGACAGAAAAAGAUCGGUCGGAUGUAAACUACAUGGGAGAAGGUACCUAUUACGAAGAUUCAAUGGUUUUGAUGAAUAAAGGUGUAGCAUUAGAGCUGGUACGUAUCCUGAAAAUCUUCACAGCACUCGACUUCUCCGGAAAUAGAUUUGAAGGAGAAAUUCCAAGGUCCAUCGGCCUAUUGAGAGAGCUUCAUGUGCUCAACUUGUCAAACAAUGCUUUCACUGGCCACAUACCAUCAUCUAUGGGUAACCUGACAGCUCUCGAGUCACUUGACGUUUCUCAAAACAAGCUUUCAGGAGUGAUCCCACAAGAGCUAGGGAAUCUCUCGUACCUUGCGUACAUGAACUUCUCCCAUAACCAGCUUGUCGGUCUUGUACCUGGAGGCACUCAGUUUCGAACGCAGUCUUGCUCUUCCUUCGAAGACAACUCGGGACUUUUUGGCCCUUCUCUUGACGAAGUUUGCAAAGAUAUACACAAGACAUCAUCGCAAGAGUAUGAAACACCGGAGGAGGCAGAGGACGAAGAUGAAGAGGUGUUUAGUUGGAUUGCAGCUGCAAUAGGAUUUGGACCUGGCAUUGUAUUAGGAUUGACGAUUGGAUACAUAUUGGCCUUCUACAAACCGAGGUGGUUCACGAGUUCUUUUGGUCGAAACAAACGCAGAAGCAGAAGCACCACAACUCAUUAAGAGAGCCUUCUUGGACCCAAUAUGAAGAAUCUUUGGAAAAGAUAAUGAAGCAACCAAACCAAAGGACUGUAGAGAAGAAAGCUUGAGGAGAAGGCAACCCAUUUAUCAGUUAUUUUUUUCGGUUUAAUGUGUGUGUUUCUCGUUUACUCUGUUUUUAGCUAAUGUUUGUAUAUUUCUGUAUUUGAACAAUGAACUACUCUGUUUUCAAAGCUCAAACCUAUUCCUAUGUUUUGAGAGAGGUAGUAAUGUUAUUUCUCUGACUAUGUCCA